CAGCCUACUCGGGAGAGACGUCGGGAAUGGUCAUUUUGUACUGCGGGAUCGUGAAGGUGCUUGGUAACUUUCUAUCACGUUUUCAGUCACCUGUACCUACGGGAUCUAUUAUCUGAAACAGCAUUGACAACGAUUUCGUCCUACCUUAGAGGGCUCAUCUGUCUACAUCUUGCUUCUCGGGAUGUCUAGCACAGUGUCGCUGUAGCUGAGAGGACCAUCACGUUAACAUCAGUAACUCAGCCAGUUGACAGUCAUGCGUUGCUCGAGCAUCAGUCCUGCCUCAAAGCCAAACUGUAGGCUCUGGCUCAUCUGUGUUCUCAGCAUUUGGGCUUUAAACGCUGAUGCUAAGAUUGUUCUUACUGUACCUCAUGAAGUGAGCCUUUCACCUAACACACACACACAGCAGCUGUCCAUGUCCUGGUUGGGAGGAGACGCCGCAACCUUUGACGUCAUCAUUCUGAGAACUGAAUUUAAUGAAACAGUCUUCUAUGACACAGUGUCUGCAACAGUCAAUCCGAUGAGCGGCAGGCACCAGUGGAACUGGACCUCUGUUGAACCUCUGGAAUGUACGUCAUUGUCAAUCAAAAUCCGAUCAAGAGAUGGCCAGACAACAAGUGAAUGGAGCAACACUGAAAUACUGCAAGGAAAAGAUGUCCCCAGCGAAAUUAAUUUCCAGAUGUAUCCUCAGGACAGAAUCGUACCUGUAGGAACCAACACAACUUUCUGUUGCAUCGUGGAGGAGGGGACGGAGUUUGCUGGCAUGAACUACAGCAGCACAGUCAUGAAAGUGAAACGACUUAGUCGGCGAACUUAUGCCUCGACCGUGGUUAAUCAGAAAGCAUCUGGCAGGACGGGAACCAACGUUGUCUGUUCUUCAAAGUACAAGCAGUCACUGACUGGAGCAGUCGUGUUUGUUGGAUAUCCACCACAACCUACUGAUUUUGUGUGCGAGACUUACGACCUGGUUUCAGCGGUGUGCCGGUGGAAGGAAGGACGGAACACUUACCUACAUGGCAAACGAGUCACACGCUAUUCUGUGAACAAGAGGGACUGCCCUAAGGAAGGCUCAAACAAGUGUAGUUUUUCUCAGUGGGAUGGUAACUGGACUCUGGUGGCAGUUAAUCCUCUUGGCCAUUCCAGCCUCACUGACUCAGCUGAAAUUAGUCACAGAGUGUGUCCAGUAGCACCAGUUGAUCUGGGUGCUGUUGUUCAUGCCUGGGAUGCUACUGUAAUGUGGAAGUGGACGUAUAAAUACUCCCUGCCACUUGUCUGCCAGGUAGAACUAACCAACAGUGGAUACAACACAAAGCUUAUCUUCACCGGUGUGGGCCUCCAGUCUGUGGUUUUGUCAAACCUCCUCCCAUAUGAGGAUUAUGACCUUCAAGUCCGCUGUGGAGCCCAGAAGAAUUUUUGGAAGUGGGGAAACUGGAGCGAUGUUUUUACCUUCAGAACCAAAUCCUCAGCCCCAGAUGCUCCUGACGUCUGGAUGUGGAUGAACAGAGAUAAUACUGGGCUGGUUGUUUGGAAGCCUCUAACUCGACUACAAAGCCAUGGUCUGAUCAAGCGUUAUAAAGUUACUCUCUGUGACCCCAAAGAAGAGCAGACUUGCAUAAAGAGUUUACCACCAGGAACUUGCUCUGUACCAGUCAACCUCACACAACUGGCUUCCUUCAGGAGUGACAACAAGGUCGUAGCAACCGUCACUGCAGAGAAUGAUGCAGGGGUAUCUCAGCCUGCAAUCAUACGUCUACAUUUAACAGAUGUGGAACCCCCUACCUUGUCCAGAGCAGUUUAUACAGACAACAGUUUCCCUCUUGUCUGGCAGCAUCAGGCCAACGUCACAUGUAGUUAUGUGGUAGAAUGGCAUGAUGCCACGUGCUCCCAUGACUGCCAUGUGGAGUGGAUCAAAGUGGCUGCUGGAAGCACUAAUAUCACUGUUGAGUCAGACAACUUCCAGCCAGGCGUGAGAUACAAUUUUUCCCUCUACAGCUGCCCCUAUGAUUCACCGCAAAAAAAACAGUGCUGGCAGGGAUACAUGCAGGAGCUCACCCCCUCCAGGCCUGUUCCUCUAUCAGUCACUCAGGAGGGCUCCAGUGUUGUCCUCACCUGGGGCGAGAUUCCACUGGUUGACAGAAGAGGCUUCCUAUUGGGAUACAACGUUUACAGCAAUAAUGGUUUCAAGCUCACACUUCUUGCAAAUCUGUCAGACCCCGGAGCAAGGAAAUUCAAAGUACAGGGUCUCUCUGCUAGCUCCUAUAAAUUUACUGUUAAGGCGUACACAUCGGCAGGCGAGGACACGGGCAGCACAGUUUCCAUCAUGCUGGAGCGAAACAUAUAUCAACUGAUCCUGGAGAUGCUGCUUUCCUUGGGAGGCAUAAGCAUAUUCCUGAUUAUUGUUACCAUCAUUUGCUACAAGAAAAGAAAAUGGGUAAAAAAGGCGUUCUAUCCAGACAUACCUGAGCCCAAGCUGCCUGGUGAUUGGUCCAGGACACAGGGGCCUUUGAAUGUGAAGCCAUCCCACCAUAGUUUGGUCCAUAUUGUAGAAAGACCUGACCAGGAUUCUAAAGAGGCACUUGUUGUCAUUCCUGAACAAGAUGAGGAUGACGACGGGUAUGGAAUAGGAGAUGAGCCAGUUGACACAGAUGAGCCACAUUCAUUACGCUACUAUAACCACGUGGUUGAUGAGCGCCCCAUAAGGCCGCGUUUUCCAGACUCUUCCGCUUCAUCUUCAUCAUCUAUGGAUUCGGCGCACACUGAUGUGACAUACACAGGGAUCCAGACUUCAGGUACCUCUCUGGUCUUCCAGCUAGAUCCACAGGGCUCCUCUGAGGGCCACCAUCCUCAAGUUGAUCAAGGUGUCCACUGUGGGGCUGGAGGGGAUUACCAGCCUCAAAUGCACCCUAUGGCCUCGAAUAUUGACACCAGCUUAGCUUCUCCAGAUCCUUUCCUAGAGUCCCAAGCUUCUAAUUGUGGAGGGUACAAACCCCAGAACUCCUGGCAUCUGGACUCUCCCACAGAGGCUUGUGAAAGGAGCAGCCUGGCCCCCUCCCUUGGUUCACCCACCUCUGUUGCUUCCACUCAAUUUCUCCUCCCUGAUGGAGAGGAAUGUGGAGAAGAGAAACGACAGUUGUCAUCCGCAUCAACCUGGUUCACCAACCUGCUGUCUUCCACAAAACCUUGACAUUAUCUCUUUUUUUCAUAUGAGCAGCCAGGCUAUUGGGCUUAACAUAAACGUUAAUAUUCUUUUAUGGUGCCAGUGUCAUGUAUCAUCUACUCUGACCUAUAUGGUCUUUGUUAAUAUCCCCUCCAAGGUAGCACUGAAUUGUUGAACUUGCAUUUUGACAGCAGGUUGAAUAGUGCUGUUCAAGAUGUUCAUACCAAAAAUAUAUAGAGAUGUAUGUAAUUUUCUCUCUGUUUAUACUAAAUUUAUUGCAUCCUCUGGACACCUGAUGGUUGUUGGUUGUCUCCUCACUUCCUUUUAUUUGACAUCCACCCAUUGCAGUGUAUGACUUCUUUUUGUCCCCUGUUGGGGUUAUCUUGCCUGCUGACAGACGAAGAACCACUGAAAGCAUAUAUCACUUGCCUUUAAAAUUUAGUUUAAAGGUAUGACCUUGGUAGCUCCCAUCCUUACCGACACAACUUUACUUAAGUUACUGCCUGAAGAGUGAGAUGUUAAUUGAAAGAUGCACUUAUGACAGAGAUCACUUAAUGUUUUAAACAGAGUGGUGCUUUCUACUAUGUCUGGAAAUACGUGGGUGUUGAAUAUACACUAAUAUAAGCUAGAACAUCAAUACAAACUGAUGUAAUUUAAUGAACAAAUAGACUUGUUACUUUUAAGUGUUUUCGUUUUGUCUUCCUGAAUCCGCACAGUUUAUUUUUUGUUCUGCUUUGCUUGUUUAGAGAUACAUUUCACAGUCAGGCCAGUGUCUCUUUUUUAAGCUGUGCUGUGCAUUAUCAAAAGGAUGAUUGGUAUUUUUAUUUAAUAGAAAAACCUUAUGCAGGGGUAGUUAGAAUGAUUUAUUUGCCUUGACAAUGUAAAACUUCUGACGAUUUUUCACAAUAUAACCUUUCACUACCUUAGACACAAUUGUUUGUUAAAAAUAUUUUGCCUUAAUGCAAUUUAGGACAGAACCAAAACAUUUACACAUUUAGUUUUAACUGGAAUCUGGUUUACUGAGUAUAUCAUCAUUUUUAAUGCAUUUUUGUGUUAAGUAUUUGUUUGCUUCAUUUUUAAGAAUGCAGAGUCUGGCAGAAAGAUAUUUGAUGUUGGAGAUUUGAGUCUACAUUACAUUUUCAGUUUUUCAAUGCAACUGGCAUAUUUCUCGAUUUACAGUUGGUAAAGGGACCAAAGGGGGCAGCAUCUAUUGUGAAACAAGUUUCCAAAUAUAGUAAUCAUUUACCUUUCAUUGACAAAAUGUGUGGCAAAUUAUUUUGGUCAGUUAACAGUAUUUGAGCCUCUCUUAUCUCUUAGAUACUCCACGUGUUUAAGGAGGCAUCUUUGUUGAGGCUUUUUUGCAUACAUGGCAAAGUUUAUCCUACUAUGGGCUUAUUUCAGUUGAAUAUGAAUUAUGUUUCAUCAUUUGGCCGGGGCUUACCUGUAUUGCAAGACUUUGAUAUGUCUGGGUUUUUUUUUAAUUUUUCUUUCUUUUUGUGCCUCCAGCAAACAAGCUGUACGUAGAACUACUGUGAUAUGAAAAGGGAGUUACUAUUUGCUAUUAAGGUAGUGUCUCCGGAUUAAAAAGAGUUGGGCAGUCAUUGCUUUUUGACAACAUAUAUAUAUAUAUAUAUAUAUAUAUAUAUAUAUAUAUAUAUAUAUAUAUAUAUAUAUAUAUAUAUAUAUAUAUAUAUAUAUAUAUAUAGUCCCUUUUUAAGCCUUGUUAAGCAGAAACUAAUUUUAACAUGUUUAAUGGGGGUAAGCUUUAACUUGCACCCAUUAAAUUGUGUAAAUCGAGACCACUGGCAUUAGAUGAAAUUGGUCAUUGCUUCAAGGAAGUUAUAAAGGGUGCAUAUAUAUUUUAAAUUUGUCUAAAUAUGGCUGCAGAUUGUUUUUCCUUUAAAGUGCAGUUUGUUAACAAGCAUGACUUUGAAGAUUGUUACUGGAUUUAUGUUGAUUUCUGUCAACAAAAUGGCACCUUUUUCAUUUCCUCUAAAUAGUUUUUUAUGCAACUAACUGUACAUAAUUGUAAUGUUCUUAUUUCCUUCUCAUAAUAUAAAAAAUUACAAAGUUUUACCAUAGAUUGGAUUCUAUUCUUUAUGACACUGACUAACCAAUUUUAUUGAGAGAAAUAAUGCAAAUAUUUGUGUACUGCCUUGUUAAAAUGUGUGUUUGGUUUGUGCUGAAACCUGUAAAAAAAUAAUUUCUGAGAAAUCAUGUAUGCUAUAUUAUAAAUGUGUGUCUUGAGCCUUCUUUGUAUCACUAGCCUAUCACAGCUGUAUUAGUUUGUCAGAAACAGUGUAAGCAAGGCCAAAGUACUCACUAUGUGUGCAGUUUAUUUCUUUUAUCCAUUGUCUAUUCAGAUUUUUAAUCGGAGCCAAUAAAAUCUUUGCCAAACAGGAUCGAGGGUACACUUGCCUCACACAUUUCUGUCUCUGGCCCAAGAUAUUUCUGUGAAAUCUAGUGUUAGCUUUCACCCCAAUACCAUGAUUAUAAACUGUUAAAGUCUUGAUUAUGUUACACUACAGUUUUAAAACACUAAUGCUGACUAAAUGCCUUGCAUGUUAAAAUAACUAUGUGCAUCUGAAAAAGGCUUCUUCUAUAUUUUUCUCUGUAAUUGCUGUAAAAUCUACAAUAUUUGCAAAAUAUUUUGUUAUUAAAUAAAUCAUGACUGAGUUGCCUCAGAGAAUGCUGUUAAUAACAAAUAAAUAUACUUUCUUAAAGCCAAUAAAGUGAUUGUUGUGGCCAUUCA